AUGGCACCCGCCCAGCCCAGCCCAGCGCGGCCCCGCUCCAGGGCGGUGGCGCACGGGGCGCCCCUGCGCAUGCGCGGUGGGCGGGGCCGGACCAUGGGCAGGCGGCGAGCGGGGCCCAGCGUGGCCCGGGAGAUUGAUGGACUGGAGGAGAAGCUGGCACGCUGCAGACAGAGCAUGGAAGAGGUGGACCUGAAGCUGCGCAGGGAGAAGCUCAGCCCCGAAGGAAGAAAGUCACUGGAGAGAGAGCGAAACUUACUAAUGACCAAAGCUGACAACUAUGAGAAAGAACUGAGUGUGCUUCGUAAGGAAAAUCGCAAGAAUGCUGCCCUUGCUGUGGCCAUGGCAUUGCUGAUUGCUCUUAUUUACGCCUUCUGGACAAUGUGAUUGCACUCAAGAAUUCUCCCCACUGAACAAAUGACUCCUGCAAGGAGCUCUUCCUCCUCUCACCAUUGUGCCUCCCCCAAGGGUGAGGAUCAGCAUUUCAAAUUACUGUUCUUGUUUAUUGUCUCCAAGCCUUGUUGUAGGGAAGAUUUUUCUCUGCAAAUUGAGGAGGACAGGAGACAAACCAGAAAUCACAGCACACUUGUGCUUGGAAAUCAGGUCAAGCAGAGCUCAAGGUGGUGCCAUCUUAGCCAAAACACAGUCAGGACCAUGCAGCCUGAUCCAGGAAGGCAAUACAUUCUCCCUUUUGAAGAGGACUUUUGUGAUUACAGACAGGUGCUUUCUGCCCAGCCCAGGUGGAAUACACACCCUGGCUCCUGUGACACAGUCAUAAACUGAAGGGACCAAGCUCUUGAUGCAAAGGGUAAUCUGUAGGUGUUGCAAUUCUAUAUAUUCCCAGAGCUGAGCUAAAGAUGCUUCCUCCUCCACCCUGACUUCCAGGACCAAAGGAAUCCUACAUCCACAAAAGCAGAUGGCAUGUA